AUCCAAGUUCACCUUGCGAACCAAAGGCAGCUCGACGCCAGAUCUUGAGGACGUCCAGCCUUAAUCCUCUCUUCACUUCUCAACGUACUUUUCCACGCUCUCCAUUCCCUUGUGGCGUGACGAUUUUUCCAUCUUCCUUCCUUUAUAGAAAUCACCAGUCAGUCUAGACGACUGCGAGGAUCAGCACUUUCGUGUCGAACACGGCCCAACUCACCUCACGUUGAACGUUCAUUUCCCACAACGCGACACAAACACAACACAUACGGGACUCACCCAGACUCAGAGAAUCAAGAAAAGGUCUUACACCAGCAACACCAGCGUUGACCAAGCUCUCGGUCGUACCAAUCACUCUCCUUCCGCCAACUCACCGGUCGGCUAAACCCGAGCAUCUAUCGCCUCUUCUUUCCUUCACCAACUCGGUCGAGAAAACGGAACCCCGAUUCUCACCACGAACUUCCUGCACACGCAACUUUUCCCACCCGGAAGACUGAGCCUGCAGAAGAUUUCUUCACUUCUAUUCAUCAUAGCUUUCGCUGUCAGCAGAAACCCAACAUUCUUCGGCGAUUGACAGCUCGUGCUCCGCCGCCACCCGCCCACAUCCACGCCUCUAUCUGCCUUGCAGGUAUUGCAGCACGCGCACACGCACCUUCCCCACCGAAACUUCCACUUCUGGACUUCGGCCCAAUCACGCCUGCAGCCCUCGCACCACCAUCACCACCCUCUCGGCGGUAUCAAUUCUGAGCAGCCGGCACCGACGCUACGUUCUAUUCGGAGCCAGACCCUCCACCCAGCCGAGCUCCAGGUCCCCCAUUACUAGGGUCCUCUCCCCCAAAGGCUCAUUCCAGGCUGUCUGUUGUUCUCACGAGCCACAUGUCGGACACUCACCAACACAACACCUUCGCCAUGUCGUCGAUAUCUAGGGCCUUCACAACCCGCAGGGUGAAGCAGAGCAUCGACGUUGCCGCCGCUGCCAACAAGGCCAACAAGGAGAAUGGUCCUCAACGAAGCAAGACCACCAAGACUCCUCAUGUUUCAGUCCGGCACCAAAUCUCAGCACCCGUCGAGCUGAUUCACACCACCAACAUGCUAUCGUACAAUGCGCCAGAUAUCUCUCGGAACACCUCAAGCAGCAACUCGACCAAGUCCGCCGAAUCCGCCAAGUCUUCAGACGAAGAGCCAGACAGCCCGAGCACUGUCGCUUCCACGCCUCCCACCAGCCCUGAUGUCGACCGCGAUGAGCAGUCCAAGUCGAUGCAGCCGAACCAUCUCUCCUGCUACUUUGUCGCACCGGUAUCAGCAAAGGAUUACGUUGUGCCCGAGGUUCCUCCUGUGCCUGCUAUCCCCAAGCGAUCCCCUUCUCACACCAAGAAGGCGUCUUACGACGCCAUCGCCCGCCAACGAUCAAUCUCAGCCAUGUCGCGGGACUCGGAUCACACUCUCUCCACCAAGGCCAGCUUUAGCUACUCAAGGACAUCGUCAGCCUCGACCGCCGCAUCCACCAUGUCUCACAACUCCAUGACACCCAGCAUUAAGCCGCCAGUCCCUUCUAUUCCUCCUGUCGCGUACCAGCAGCAACAGAAGCCUGCCAUCAUCGAGUCGCAUCCUUUUGGUCGUGAGCUGGCUCAAGUUUCCGAGAUUGCCGAGGACUACGGCAUCAAGCACUCCAUUCUCGACGAAGAGGAGCAGGCGCUGAAGGCGCAGGGCCUUUACAAGCACAGCGCCGAGGACUACAUGGGCGAAGUGCAGAGCCUCUUCCACGCCUUCUUCCAGGAAAGCUACGCGCAGCCGCAGUCGCACGCCAGGCCGGCGGCGGCGGAAGUGUGGAUCUAAACCCACGCGCUCCAAAUGCCACAAUGUCGACUUGUCGGCAUUUUCCAAUCAUUCGUUGUACAUAUUGAAGUGAGUGCGCGCAUGCGACUCAACUUUCACGCGGCAUGCGGGAGUGUUCCGGUUCACAUGGCAGCCUGAGGCGCCCGGGUUGGCGAUAUUUUGGUCCGGGGAGUAAUCGGGGGAUUGACUUGGAUCCUUUUGGAUGGAUCCUGAAUGGCGUUUUGAGUAAACAGGACUGGUAGAACAUGUUCAGUCCAAUGUGUGGAUGUCCUCUCGCGCCCGACGGCAGCAAAACAAGACACAGUUUUGACCUUC